UGAAAUAAAAAUGGAGGAGAUCUUACUUUGAAGUGUUCACAUUCUUUGGUUUCCAGUUUUUGAACUGAACAAGUUCCUUCAUUCCUCUCCUCAAAAAAAGGCAAUGUAUUGCUCCUGGAAAAGAAGUAAUAUAUACCCCAAAAUUGAUGAUAAUGAAAAUACAGAAGAAAGAAAAACAGCUGCCAAAUUUUAAAGUAUUGACUCAUUCCCCAAUGUCUGAUGCCUCCAUCACCUUUGAAUGCAAGCCACAGUCCCCUUUUGACGGAAGUCCAGAUCAGGAAGAUUUGAGUGACUUGGUGACAAUCUCUGACUUGGCCAGUGUGAGCCUGGCCCAUAAGGACCAUCAAAAUGUGCUAUCUGUGGACGUACCCAGUGAAAUUGUGCAGAAUAUCAUAACCUGCCAUAAUGGGAUGCAGGACGAUGGGGUUGGGGGUACUGGGGUAAAAAAGAAACGAAAGAAAAAAGAACUGGGGCAACAAGAGCUGGGCAAUGAGAGAGAAGUAAAACCAAAGAGGAAAAGAGAACCUAAGGAACCAAAAGAUCCCCAAAAGCCCAAGGAGCCCAAAAAGCCCAAGGAGCCCAAGCAGGAAGGGGCCAAGAAACCCAGGAAGCCUCGGGAGCCUAAAGCCCCAAAGGAGUCCAAAGAGAAGAAGAACAUCUUAGAGACUUCCUCCAAAGCCAAGCCCAAGAAAUCCAGUAUGGAGCAAGGACCAACGCCUGUUGAAAAGAAGAAGAAAGGAAAAAGGAAAAACGACACGUCACUUGAUAGUUUAGAAUUGGAUCAAGGCCUCCUUUCAUUGUCUGGACAAAACCUUGAUGAAUCUGUUGAAUCAGUUGACAGUCAGAAGCGCCGUUCUGGACGCCAGGUGAAGCGUAGGAAGUACAAUGAAGACUUGGAUUUCAAGGUGGUUGAUGAUGAUGGUGAAACAAUAGCUGUAUUGGGUGCUGGCCGGGCUUCUGCACUUUCUGCGUCUACCUUGGCUUGGCAAGCGGAGGAACCUCCUGAGGACGAUGCCAACAUCAUUGAGAAAAUUCUUGCCUCCAGGAUGGUGCAGAAAGAGAUUUAUCCUGGAGGAGCAACUUAUGAACAGGAAGAGUUCUAUGUAAAGUACCGCAAUUUUUCUUAUUUGCACUGUAAAUGGGCCACCAUGGAGGAGCUAGAAAAAGAUCCACGGAUCUCUCAGAAGAUUAAACGCUUUCGCAAUAAACAGGCCCAAAUGAAGCACAUUUUCACUGAGCCUGAUGAAGAUCUAUUCAAUCCAGACUAUGUGGAAGUUGAUAGAAUUCUAGAAGUGGCUCAUACAAAGGACUCCGAAACUGGGGAGGAGGUGACUCACUACCUGGUGAAGUGGUGCUCCUUACCCUAUGAAGAAAGUACUUGGGAGCUUGAGGAGGAUGUUGAUCCUGGCAAGGUUAAAGAGUUUGAAUUUCUCCAAAUUCCACCAGAACUUAAAUCCUUGGAGCGUCCUGCCUCAGAGUCUUGGCAAAAGCUAGAAAAGUCUCGGGACUAUAAGAACAACAAUGAAUUGCGGGAAUAUCAGCUGGAGGGAAUGAAUUGGCUGCUUUUUAACUGGUAUAAUAGGAAAAACUGCAUUCUGGCUGAUGAAAUGGGUUUGGGGAAGACGAUCCAGUCCAUUACAUUCCUCUCUGAGAUCUAUCUGAUGGGUCUUCGAGGUCCAUUUCUCAUCAUUGCUCCACUUUCUACCAUCACAAACUGGGAGCGAGAAUUCCGCACUUGGACGGAGAUGAACGCCAUUGUGUACCAUGGCAGCCAGAUAAGCCGCCAGAUGAUCCAGCAAUAUGAGAUGGUUUAUCGGGAUACCCAGGGUAUUCCUCUUCCUGGGCUCUUCAAAUUCCAUGUAGUUAUUACCACGUUUGAGAUGAUCCUGGCAGAUUGUCCAGAGCUGAAGAAGAUCCACUGGCGUUGUGUGAUUAUUGAUGAGGCCCAUCGGCUCAAGAACAGGAACUGCAAAUUACUGGAAGGAUUAAAGCUCAUGUGUCUGGAACACAAAGUGCUGCUGACUGGGACACCCCUGCAGAACUCAGUGGAGGAGCUCUUCAGCCUACUGAACUUCUUGGAACCACAGCAGUUCCCAUCUGAGACAGCCUUUCUUGAGGAGUUUGGGGAUCUCAAAACAGAGGAACAGGUGAAGAAACUCCAGUCUCUCCUAAAACCCAUGAUGCUGCGACGGCUGAAGGAUGAUGUGGAGAAGAAUCUAGCACCUAAACAGGAGACCAUCAUUGAAGUAGAGCUGACCAACAUCCAGAAGAAAUACUAUCGAGCCAUCCUGGAGAAAAAUUUUAGCUUUCUAUCCAAGGGUGCUAACCAGCAUAACAUGCCCAACCUCAUCAAUACCAUGAUGGAGUUGCGCAAGUGCUGCAAUCAUCCCUACCUCAUUAAUGGAGCAGAGGAAAAGAUCCUAGAAGAUUUCCGUAAAACCCACAACUCAGAAGCUCAUGAUUUCCAGUUGCAGGCAAUGAUCCAGGCAGCAGGCAAGCUGGUGCUGAUUGAUAAGUUGCUGCCAAAGCUGAUUGCAGGCGGGCACAAGGUGUUGAUUUUCUCCCAGAUGGUGCGCUGCCUUGAUAUCCUGGAGGAUUAUCUCAUCCAGCGGAGAUAUACUUAUGAGCGCAUUGAUGGCCGGGUUCGUGGGAAUUUACGUCAGGCUGCAAUCGAUCGCUUCUGCAAGCCAGAUUCAGACCGUUUUGUUUUCUUGCUCUGCACAAGGGCAGGAGGGCUAGGCAUCAAUCUUACUGCUGCUGAUACCUGUAUCAUCUUUGACUCAGAUUGGAAUCCACAGAAUGAUCUGCAGGCUCAAGCUCGCUGCCACCGAAUAGGGCAAAGCAAGGCAGUUAAAGUCUAUCGCCUCAUCACCAGAAAUUCCUAUGAACGUGAGAUGUUUGACAAGGCCAGCUUGAAAUUAGGAUUAGACAAGGCAGUGUUGCAGGAUAUCAACCGCAAGGGAAGCAACAAUGGGGUGCAGCAGCUCUCCAAGAUGGAGGUUGAAGACUUAUUGCGAAAAGGUGCUUAUGGGGCUUUAAUGGAUGAGGAAGAUGAAGGCUCCAAAUUCUGUGAAGAAGACAUUGAUCAAAUCCUGCAACGUAGGACCCAAACCAUCACUAUUCAGACUGAAGGGAAAGGCUCCACAUUUUCCAAGGCCAGCUUUGUUGCUUCAGGAAACAGAACUGACAUUUCAUUAGAUGAUCCCAACUUCUGGCAGAAAUGGGCAAAAAUAGCUGAACUGGAUACUGAUGCAAAGGAUGAAAAGGAGAGCCUAGUGAUUGACAGGCCCCGUGUCCGUAAGCAAACGAAACACUACAACUCCUUUGAGGAAGAUGAGCUGAUGGAGUUCUCCGAGCUGGACAGUGACUCUGAUGAGCGACCCACACGUUCACGGCGUCUCAAUGAAAAAACACGUCGGUAUUUAAGAGCAGAAUGUUUUCGUGUGGAGAAAAAUCUGCUUAUAUUUGGCUGGGGACGUUGGAAAGACAUUCUGACCCAUGGCCGAUUUAAAUGGCAUCUCAAUGAAAAAGAUAUGGAGAUGAUCUGCCGAGCACUGCUAGUCUACUGUGUUAGACAUUAUAAGGGAGAUGAGAAGAUUAAGAGUUUUAUUUGGGAUCUGAUCACUCCAACAAAGGAUGGACAAAACCAAGCCCUACAGAACCAUUCAGGAUUAUCAGCUCCAGUGCCAAGAGGAAGGAAGGGGAAGAAAACCAAGAGUCAAAUGCUGCUACCCGAGAUUAAGAAUGCAGACUGGCUUACUACUUGCAACCCUGAAAUCGUCCUACAUGAUGAUAGCUACAAAAAGCAUCUGAAACAACAUUGCAAUAAAGUGCUGUUGAGAGUACGGAUGCUCUAUUACUUGAAAGCUGAAGUGCUGGGGGAGGCAGCUGAUAAAGCCUUUGAAGGAACCCCUGCCAAAGAUUUAGAUGUCUUGCUGCCAGACAUUGAUUAUGUGGAGAUUCCUGUGGACUGGUGGAAUGCUGAUGCAGAUAAAUCCCUCCUCAUUGGAGUUUUUAAACAUGGUUAUGAACGGUACAAUGCAAUGCGAGCUGACCCAGCUCUGUGCUUUCUUGAGAAAGUGGGCAUGCCAGAUGAGAAACUGCUGUGUGCAGAGCAGAAUGUCUCUGAUGGAGUACAGGAUGCUCCAGAACGAGGAAAUACAGACAAAGAAGAGAGCAGUGCAGAUAGACUUGCUGGAGUAGAGAAACAGGAGGAAAUUUCUGAUACUUGUGGUCCAGUUCCUGAGAAGAAGGAUGAUAAUGUGGCAGCCCAGGAUGGCUCCGACCCAGACAAAUCCAGCUGGCCUGUGUCAUCUGCUCUCACAGCCAGACUUCGGCGUCUAGUCACUAUCUAUCAGCGUUGCAACCGCAAAGAACUGCCGUCUAGACCUGAUGUUAUUGGAACUUGUAAGCAUGGCUAUUGGCUCCAAGAGGAAAUGAUUAGGAGAGCCAAUGAAAUGGACCCUAUGAACAAUGAAAUACAGAAGAGAUGGACCAGAAGAGAGCAAGCGGAUUUCUAUCGCACUGUCUCUUCAUUUGGGGUCAUUUAUGAGCCAGAAAAGAAAAUCUUUGAUUGGACUCAAUUCCGAUCCAUUUCACGUUUGGAGAAGAAAACUGAUGAAAGUUUAGAAAAAUAUUUCUAUAACUUUGUUGCUAUGUGUAAAAAUGUUUGUCGGUUGCCCCAUUGGAAAGAUGAUGGCCCAACAGAUCCCAAUAUUUAUGUGGAGCCCAUCACAGAGGAACGUGCUGCAAGGACGUUGUAUCGAAUUGAACUCUUGCGGAAGAUCCGUGAGCAGGUGUUGCGGUGUCCACAGCUACAUGAAAGACUCAAACUUUGCCGCCCAAGCCUAUACCUCCCUGUGUGGUGGGAAUGUGGCAAACAUGAUCGGGACCUGCUAAUUGGUACGGCAAAGCACGGACUGAAUCGCACAGACUAUUACAUAAUGAAUGAUCCACAGUUGUCGUUUCUGGAUGCCUACAGAAAUUAUGCUCAGAACAAAAGGACAGGGGUCCUUGGAGAAGAACACUUAUGCUGUCACCACCAAGCAAAUUCUAAACUAUAUUAUUCGCCUUUGUAUAAUCAAGCAGAUAGAAAGCUGGCUUCAGCAGAGGCAGAAACAGAAAACUGUGCUAAGCUAAUGAACUCAGGGAAUGAUCUUUUGCAGGCAGAAAACACCUCUCAGGAUGGCAGCUGUGAAAAUUUCAUGUCUAAGGUCCGAAGUAUGAUUUCCGCUAACUAUGAUGAGAGUUCUUUGCCUGACUCUUUGUCAUGCAUGAUGUAUGAUGAAAAGGCCUGCAACAGUGAGCACAGUUCUUUUGCUCGUGACAGCCCAAGCUGCACAGACAUCAGCAGCAAUGCUACCAAAGUGGCAGAGGGCAAAACAGAUGGGGAUGAAGACCUCUCUAGUUGUGAUGCUGAGACCAUACGAGAGUCCACCUACUUGGAUCAUUUGCAAUUUGGUAGUGAUCAGUUGGAAGGUCAAAAUAUAGGACAGGAGCUUUCAGAGAAGGAGGCAAAGCCUCUUGAGAGUUUUGCUCAGGAAACCUGUAAUGCCCUUCAGCAUAUGGAAGAUCAGUUCAUUAGCCCAAAAGCAGUUCCAUUUGAAAGAGAUGGUGUGGAGAGUGUUCUGAGCAUAGGGGUCUAUGGUCCAAGUCUUCGUAAUUUUGAUAUCAAAGUACAACCUGAGAAGAGAUUGAUGGGCUUAUUGCAUGAAAAAAGUUUGGAGGAGAAAUUAAUGCAGACCCAAAGCCAUAGUGAAGAGGAGGAGGAGGAGGAGGACGAAGAGGAAGAGGACGAUCAUCUGGAAACCGUAACUGACAUUGGGAAAGAUAGAGGAGAAGCCAAAUGUAGCAUACAGGAGGAACAGCAACACAGUUCAUGUAUUCUCACCACUCUGGAUGCAUUAAUGGAAGAAAGGAAUAAGGUCCUAGUUGAAUCAGUCUCAAGUGAGCUGGCAGCAUCCAAAUGUGAUAGUGAGCCAGGGAUGGGUGAGGAUGAUCAAGCUGAGUGUGAAAGCCUUGAGGAGCACACCCCAGGCUUGCAGGAGAUUCAGACCUGUCACCACCACUACCAUCACUCUGUAAGAAGCCAGGCUUCAGCAAUUCAAGUGGAGCUUCUUAAGUCACACCCGGUUUGCAUGGAAGGAGACCUCUGGGGAGAUGAUUCUGAGGAGAAGAGAGAUAGUCCUGUUACUCAAUCUCUUUAUGAGAGUGAAAUAAAGAGAGAAGAAGAAGAGUGUGAGCACCAAGACCUAGACAAGAGGGAUGAAAUAAGUCAAAAUCAAGAUGGCUUUGAGAAGUUUUCUGAAGAUGAAAGUAAGAGCUCCGCAUUUGCUGUUCCUGGAGAGACUGAUGAACUUCAUGAUGUUCGGGCGCCUACCAUAGCUCAACUUUUACAGGAGAAGACACUCUACUCUUUCUCAGAAUGGCCCAAGGAUCGAGUGAUCAUUAACCGUAUUGACAACAUCUGUCACGCAAUCUUAAAGGGAAAGUGGCCUUCUUCCAGUCAAUCUUUUGACAUACCAUAUAUGAUGCCCACUCCUGCCUUAGUCAGCAGUACUUGCAAUAGGAGUGGCUAUACUGAACCAGAAGUCUCUGAAUCCAGUUUCAGCAAUGGAAUGUUAGCGACACAACUCCCAAAGGAAACCUUUCUGGCUCCCACCUUUGUCAAAGAUGAAUCCAAGCACCGGCAAUCAUAUGAAUUUGAAAUGGAGAGAGAUGCCAAGCACCGGAGUCUUGAUCAGCUUGUAACAUCCCAUUCCCAUCCUUCAGCUGUAUUAAAUGGCUGGCGGGAUGCAGUAGAUCUUUCAAGGGUGCCAGACGGAACUUCAGCAAGCAGCACUCCAUUUUCUAUGAGCACAAAUAUACCUAAGCUAGGGACAGUGAAUGCUCUGCAGGGCUCCCUUGGCAUGGACUUGUCUGGAAUCCUUCAAGCAGGGCUUAUUCAUCCUGUCACAGGACAGAUUGUCAAUGGAAGCUUACGAAGAGAUGAUGCUGCUAUCAGAAGACGACGGGGUAGGAGAAAAAAUGUGGAAGGGAUUGACCUGAUACUUUUGAAGGAGAGAAGCCUCCAGACAGGGCUGCCCGAAGAUGAAGGUCAGACCAUAACAAGUAAUUCUAAUUCAGAUGGGCCAGUUAUAACUACCUCAAGUCAACAGACAGCUCCAGCUACUAAUGUCCAGACAGAUAAGAUUGUUCCAAACAAGAGUCUUCUAGAUUGGCUGAGACAGCAGUCUGAUUACACUCUCGAAAUUCCUGGCUUUGGCACAAAUUUUAUAGAAAAGCCUAAACAGAGAAGGCAGCGUUGUAAAGAUCCUAGCAAGCUAGACAUAAAUUCUCUCACUGGAGAGGAACGGGUGCCUGUGGUGCACAAGGGCACAGGGCGGAGGUUAGGGGGAGCCAUGGCACCAGCUUUGAAGGAGUUACCAAGAUGGCUUGAUGCAAACAUGGAGUAUGCUGUUGCAGCAGACUGGUCUGACAUAGUUAAGCUUUCAAAUAAAACUACCAAGUUAAAGAAAAGGGGAAAGAAAAGUAAAAUAGAUGGGUGGGUUACAGUGGUGGUGAAUUCAUCCUUGUUGGAGAGUGCUGGUUUGCUCCUUACUCAAGAAGCCAUUGCUGGACCCAUGCUGGAUAAUUUUUGUCAAGUUUCCUACCUUCUCUUUCUAGAAAAGGUGGUUGAAAAAGUUGCAAUUCCGGAGGACCCUGGAGAAAACAGAUAA